AUUAAAGCAGGCCUGGAUAUAGUUCUGUAUAUCAAAGUAGGCUUACACAUACCACAGGACAUCUUCCAGACUUAAAGUGUUCGGUUUUGUUGAUUACAGCUUCCUCUAAUAACAACUCAAAGCAUGUCAAAUGUUUUCUCUAUUGCAGGCUAGUUCUAUCAUUUUUAUCAUUACACCAAAACAUGAUAUUAUUGUAACUGCUCUGAAAAGUUCAAGUAACUUAUGGGCAUUGAAAGCCCACAGCACAGUAGACACCGAAUCCUCGACCAGUCAAAUUACAACCACGGUUUCAAAGUUUAAUGUUGGUGAAGCACAAAUCCUCAUUCUUUUUUGUCUUUCAGUACUGCGCAGUAAUUCUACAAUGUGUACAUGGAUACCUUAUAUAACUAUAAUAUUUAUGACUAUGUUUCCAUGUUUUAUGACUUGCUGUAAGGAAAUAGUUUUAUGUCAUACGUGUGUCAUUAGUCCAGUUUUUGGGAUACACAUUUGAGGAUCGACCUCCAGUCGAUGGCGGUGGAUGGGAUUUAACGUGGAGCAGGGAAAGUACGUCACAAGUUUUCUGGAAAAAUCUCCUGGAUCAUAUGACGUCAUGACGUUUGCCGACUGUGUUUACGCAUUACCCGCUUCAAUCCGCAAGGUGGCGCCGUUGGAGCGUCUUCUCGUGUGGAUGCCCGCUUUGCCUCCAGCAGAGAGCAGUGCGUGGUUGGAUGUGAGCGCCACCGACCUGUCUCUACUUCCAGAUCGAAGAUGGCGGUCUCGGUGUUCCCCGGCGUGCGGCUCCUCUCCAUCGGAGACGCGAAUGGAGAUAUCCAGCGGCACUCGGAGCAGCAGCCCCUGCGGUUAGAAGUGAAGAGCACACAAGAUGCUGCCCUCAUCAAUCUCUCCAAUGGAGAGGAGGCGAGUGUAUUCAAGUGUUCGGUUUCCAGGGAGACGGAGUGCAGCCGUGUGGGGAAGCAGUCGUUCAUCAUCACACUGGGCUGCAACAGCGUCUUGCUGCAGUUCUCCUCACCUGCAGACUUUCAGUCUUUUUAUAACGUCCUGAAGAACAGUCGUGGGCACAGCAGUGAGCGCUCAGCGUUCAGUGACAGAACAGAGGAGUCGUCUGCUGUACAGUACUUCCAGUUUUAUGGCUACCUCUCCCAGCAACAGAACAUGAUGCAGGACUACGUUCGGACAGGAACUUACCAACGGGCUAUUCUCCAGAACCACACCGACUUCAAAGAUAAGGUGGUGCUGGAUGUUGGUUGUGGCUCAGGGAUCCUUUCUUUCUUCGCAGCCCAAGCUGGAGCCAGAAAGGUCUACGCAGUGGAGGCCAGCACCAUGGCACAGCAUGCCGAGGUGCUGGUGAACAGUAACCGACUUGGUGAUCGUGUAGUCGUCAUCCCGGGGAAAGUAGAGGAGGUGACGCUGCCGGAGCAGGUUGACAUCAUCAUCUCAGAGCCCAUGGGCUACAUGCUGUUCAAUGAGCGCAUGCUGGAGAGCUACCUGCAUGCCAAAAAGUUCCUCAAACCCAACGGUAAAAUGUUCCCAACUAUUGGUGACGUCCACCUGGCCCCUUUCACAGACGAGCAGCUCUACAUGGAACAGUUCACCAAGGCCAACUUCUGGUACCAGCCCUCCUUCCAUGGUGUUGACCUCUCUGCCCUGCGUGGGGCAGCAGUGGACGAGUACUUCCGUCAGCCAAUUGUGGACACAUUUGAUAUCCGUAUUCUGAUGGCCAAGUCAGUCAAACACACAGUCAAUUUCCUGGAGACCAAAGAAGAGGAUCUCUACAGGAUAGAGAUCCCCUUUAAGUUCCACAUGAUGCACUCAGGCCUGGUGCAUGGCCUGGCCUUCUGGUUUGACGUGGCUUUCAUGGGAUCAGUGAUGACAGUAUGGCUGUCCACAGCACCUACAGAGCCUCUCACUCACUGGUACCAGGUGCGCUGCCUGCUGCAGUCUCCCCUCUUCACCAAGGCUGGGGACACACUGUCCGGCACUGCAAUGCUGGUUGCCAACAAGAGACAAAGCUACGACAUCAGUAUUGUUGCCCAGGUGGAUCAGACAGGAUCAAAGUCCAGCAAUCUCCUGGACUUGAAGAACCCCUUUUUCAGGUACACAGGCUCCACCCCAAACCCCCCUCCCGGCUCACACUACACCUCCCCAUCCGAGAACAUGUGGAACACGGGUUCGGCCUACAGCAUGAGUCAGGGGAUGGCUGUAUCAGGGAUGCCAGCAGCUUAUGACCUCAGCACAGUCAUCGGCAGCGGCCCGUCAGUGUCUCACAACAACCUCAUCCCCCUGGUGAACACAGGAAUUGUAAACCACACCCACUCCAGGAUGGGCUCCAUCAUGAGCACAGGAAUUGUCCAGGGUAUGUCCACCGGAGCCACUACAGGCCAGUCAGGCCUCAGCAGCAGCGGUACUUACUAUCCUGUCACCAACCAGUUCACCAUGGGGGGUGCUGCCAUCUCAAUGGCCUCACCCAUGGUCAUCCCCAGCAACACCAUGCAUUACGGCAGUUAAGACGAAGACCUCGCAAAGACCUCUUCGUCCUCCCCGCCCCUGCAUGACAAGAGAUCCCUGACCCCUCCCAGUGGAGCCCCUCAGUCCACAGCCGACCCUUCAUUCCUGACUGACCCGCCAACCGCAGCCAAAACCAAUAUACCAAAACCAGUGCUGUGCUGGCACUUCCUCCCCUUGUUGGUCACCUCGUUCUACUCUGUUCAGGUCAUCACUAUAUGAACGGUUGAACGCUCUUAUAUCCGUCCAGACUCUUGUCUUAACAGACAAAACCUCCUGUUCCUCUCCUUGGAUCCAUUGGGAUUGUAAAACGUGCACAGCCGAGAUGCACUGCAGUUAUCAUCUAUCCCCUUCCUCCAUCAACAUGUAUCUCAAUCCCUCCUCCGUUUCCUUUUUUUAAUGUGUCAUGAUGAUAUUUCUUCAACCCUUCUGUUCUGAGAAUCCACUUGUUGCCAGAUACCAGCAUCAGUCUAUUCCUACAGUUCUCUACACUUCGCUACCAGACCCACACCGUGUCUUUUCAUCAGUGCAGUUGGACACUUUUAUCAUCAACACUCAUCCUCGGGCUGCCAUCUUGGCCUUUCAUAUCAAAUCCAAUCUUCAAGGCCCCUCUGCACUUCUCUCAAGAGACCGACUCAAGCCAGAAAAAAAACAGUUGCUUCAAAUCACAAGAACAACAUAGUUUCCCUGCUUACCGCUCGUACGUCUACUAGUUUUAGGCAGAAGCAAAUAUAUCGCAAAACUGAAGCGGUCCAGGCACCCUGAGGAUUGUGUGGAGAUAUGCUUUUUGUGACUUGGACAAACUGACUCACUCCUCAUCCAAUGUGUAGUUCUACUUUAGCAGUGGUGUUGAAGCUUUGGGAGAAUGGCUCGCUGGUCACCUUCUUUGCUGAGAGAUGAAAUAAAUAGCAGCGUCAUCAUCUGUGUGUCUGUUGUAGAUUGUAGGUCACAGUCCUCUUUGCUAAUACUUCAGCAUACACUUGGGCUACAUCACAUCAAAUUAUUGUUGGCUUCACGGUGACUUAUGGGGUUGUAUAAAGGGACACUUCUGAUAUUGAUACAGUAUUCUUUUGCUGCAUGACUUGAUAUAUUUGAGUACUUUGGGGGAGAUUAGACUGUAAACAGUACUGAUACAUGGACUUGCAAUGUUAUGGUCAACGUGUUAGCAAAACUUGCAUUAUCUUUCACACUGAGCACUAUUCUGACUAGCCGACAAAUCAAACCAGAAAGUUAAUACAACAAAACUAAAUGGAGGAGCCAAAAGAAGCCAAAACCGCUCCACAUAAUCACAGUGAGUGGCACCUUUCACGCUACACACAGUUACUUGAUCAUUCGUCAUUACAAAAAUAUUGGUUGGUGCAGCUUAAACAUACUUGUACCUCUUACUUGUCUGUGAUGUGGUUAGCCUAGCAUAGCGCAACGGCAAGAGACAGCAAAAACAGCUUUAUGACUUGUAUCUGAACUUCAAAUGAACACCUCCCAAAAACUCCAAAGCUGCCUUUCUUCACCUUAUAUUAUUUAAUUGAUAUGUAAAAACAAGAUAUUUUUGGCCAGGUAUGGUAUCUUUGGUAAUAACAGCUGGAUGCAUUGUCUACGCAAAGCAUCGCAAAGUCCUGUCCUCAGAGCGGGGUUGCCAGGUUAGAGCACUGUCCAAAGUAAGCAAAAAGCCAGGUGACUCUUUGAACCUCUUACAACCAGUCAAAAUGAGUUAUUGGGAGGUGUAUUUUGUUGUGGCUAACCUUUCAUCAUGCCACCAAUCAUAGCACAGAGAUACAUCUUUAGACUAGCUAUCUCUAACCGGUCUAUUUAUCCAACUGCUGAUUGCAAAUGUUUGAUUGCAAAUGAGCAAAUUUACUGAAAUGUGGAACUUUAGAGCAGCCAAAGGUUCUAAAUCUGGAAUUUUCUCUCAUUUCACCAAAGUCACACUACCUGUCCUACAGUCAUGACUACAGGAAAGCAUGUUUCUAGCUGUUCUGAAGGGCAACAUCUGUUGGCGACUUUCAGUGUCUCCGCACAAGCAUUCAUGGAUUUGUCUGUGGUUGUAUAGUAAAGCUGGAUCUGUGCUGGUGCCAGUACUAUUAAUGAUAAUGAGUAAAAAAAAAAAAAAACCUUCAUAUUCUUACAAACACGGAAAAUAUACACAAACACAGAUUUCGUGCCCCUAGUGUUUUUUUUGAAACAAGAAGAUAUGUACAUAAUGCAGGCAGGGUGUUUCACAGUUGGAUUACUGUCCGAAAUUGCAUGAGUGCACUGAAAUAGUUGACUUCACUGGGAAUUUAAUCAUUCCACAUCAAUAAAUAGAUCUGAUAUUGGUUCCCAUCUAACAACAUGUGCACCAUUACUGUUGCAUCAUGUAUCACCCGUCCAAAAUGUCAGUUGGACUCAAACAAAACUGUAAAUAAUUUUAAAAAGGAGAGCCUGAUGGAGAAGUUCAGACCCUGCUUUCAUACCUUUGCACAGUCACAAUAUUGCAGUCUUGAGUUGGCAUGUUUGUCAGAUUUGUCGACAGAACUGAGAUCAGGCCUUUAGUGUUAGGUAAUCCCAUGAGAUGCUGGUCUGUUGUGGAUUUGUAGAUGAUUUUUUUUUUUUGUUGUAUACUCAACACAGAAGGUGACUCAUGGAACCAUCUGCCAAAGACCUGUCUUUGUUAGAGCUAGUUCUGUAAACCUGAAACAGGCCUUCUGCUGCUCGCAUCACCUGUUCUCUCUACUUAGUACCCAGUCUUUAGCUGAGAGGAUAUUGCAGCAGCUCCUCCCUAGCCAGCCAGUCAUUUGCUGUGCCAGAUUGCUCCAGCACAGUUGAAGGAGGAAUAUUGAGAACGUACCAGCAAGGACCAAUGACCCGGGUGGCAGCCAGCUGGCUUUGGGAAUAAGAAAAGCUGUGCUGGAUUGGCAGCAUCCUAGUUUACAUCCUCACUUCCUUCCUUCCAUCGCUUCUCCUCCCAACCUCCUUUGAGACUGACAGACUGUCGGAAAGAGACAUUAAUGUGGAGGUGUGGGAGACUGGGCCACCUCCCUCCUCAUCUGUCCACUAUGUAUGACCGCCAACAUAUCAUGCCCCUGCACACCUCGAUGCCCUUGUUCCCUUUUAUCAGUCAAGGAGAGAAAGACUGACACAUGUAUGCAUUGCUUCCAGUGUCACAACUAUUGGACUGUGUUCAUUUGGAAUUUAUGAGUUAGCAAUUUAAGAGAAAAAAAAAAGUCUCUUUGUAGGAUUAACCCUUUUGUUGUCUUUAUUUUGUCUUUUCUUUUCUUUCACAAAAAACAAUGAAAAAAAGGGCAAAUUAAAUGUGGGGGAGUUGUUCCAAAACCAUCCUGGAAUCAUGUGUUGUAGUACUUUAAUCUGUUGCCUCUACUCUGUCAAAAAGAUGGUGCACACACAAGAUGUUAACCAUGUGAUAGCUAGUUUAUAGCCGUCAUGUCCCUUUUGUCAUGGAGCCAUUCAUCUUUAUAGUUAAAUAAUGGCCUCCACUUGGAGUGUAUGAGGAAGACUGUGUCAUUUUCUGUAAUUUUUUGUGUGUUGACCAACCAGUAAUUACACCUUUCUCACUGUC